AUCUCCGGGGAUUUGCACGCCGGCAUGGGUUCGUUCUGUGGAUUGCUUUGGCUGGCAACGUGAUCCUGGUUACAGCGGUAAUUGCACUGGGCAGUCAGGUUUUCCAGGGCCACUCCCUGCAGACGGACACUGGCGCAGUCUCAUCGGUCCCCGAGAACGGCAGUGUCGCCCAGAGACACUCCCCCGGCAGAGAAUGCAACAGGAGCCUGGAGGACUUGGUGUCUCGCCUGAAGCAGAGUCUGUGUCACUCAGCCCAGAGCCCCUCAGCAGACGGCUCCAGCUGCAAACUCUGUCCCAUGGACUGGCUGUCACGCAGGGGAAAGUGUUACUGGUUUUCCAAAGACAGCAAAAACUGGAAGGAGAGCUGUGAUGACUGCUCCGCGAAGAGCUCUCGAAAGCUAGUGAUCCAAGACCAGGAGGAGAUGGAGUUCAUACAGAACGUCACACAGGGUAAAUAUCAUGUCUGGCUCGGGCUCAGUGUUACAUCUGCAGAGAAGAACUGGACCUGGGUGGACAGCUCCGUGUUAGACCAAACUCUGUUCCCAGUAACGGGUCCUGCUGACGUGAACAGCUGCGGGGUGAUAAAAGGGAAUCGGAUUCACUCUGAAACCUGCAGUGCUGAAUUCAAAUGGAUUUGCCAGAAGGAAGGUGUGCCGCUAUAAACAGUGGCAUUAGAGACACUCAUUCCUGUAACAGACCAGUACACUGCCUUGGGUUUCAGUCUUCGGGCCAGACUUCCAGGAGCGGAUGUGCCUGUGGAGACAUGUACGUGCAUCCUCAAACCAGCUAUUUGUAUCUUCAGCUCGGGUAAAUGCAUGUGCAAAUCAGGCCCAAGGGCAAAGGUGCAUCUCAUGGAUGUAAACACUGCACCACUGACUCGAGUCCAGCAAGAACACACCUCUUCCUCCCCCAAUAUCACUUUCCACCAUCAUUGAUUCCCUGGCUCCACCUCUUCCUCCUUCACCCCCUUCUCUUCACCCCCGCUGCCUCUUCUGCUUUCUGCCUCUCACGCCCAAUACUUCAGUUCCCUUGUUCUCCACCUAGCUCAGUGGGAGGGACACUUUCACAUCCUUGUUCUCCUGGAUCUGGUCUCUCUGUCAUCUUCACUGCGGUCCUGGGUCUUCUCCUGCUUUUCUGCCUAUUCCUCCUUCAGCAUC